CGUACCUUUGUAUCGAGACCAGACUGUCCACCAACAUGGCAACCACUGCAUCUAACAAAAUCUUAACGCCAAAACUCAAAGAGGCAGCAGAAUUUCAUCAGGUUGGAGACAAUGAGCAAGCGAUUAAAACUUACAACGAGAUCUUGUCAGUUGACUCCACGAACGAGAAUGUCCUGCGCGAACAGGAAACCGCUCUAGUCAACCUAGGAGAGCUCUAUAGAGACCUCAAACGACCUCAAGAACUUGCAACUCUUAUCCGAUCUUCACGACAAUUCAUGUCCUCCAUCGCAAAGGCAAAGACUGCUAAGCUUAUCAGAACGAUGAUCGACUUUUUCAGCACAAUUCCUGACUGCUUACCGCUUCAAAUUGAAGUGUGCAGAGAGAACAUAGAGUGGGCCAUCAACGAGAAGCGCAUCUUCCUCAAGCAAUCGCUAGAGACUCGUCUCGUUGCCCUCUACUUGGAUAACAAGAUGUAUCAUCAGGCACUGGAUUUGAUCGCACAGCUUUUGAAGGAACUUAAGCGUCUUGAUGACAAGAUGAUGCUGGUAGAGGUUCAGUUGUUGGAAAGUCGAGCAUGCCAUGCACUUCGAAAUAUACCAAAGUCAAGGGCCGCUCUCACAUCAGCACGUACAUCAGCAAACGCCAUCUACUGCCCACCACUGCUACAAGCUGCGCUUGACAUGCAAUCUGGUGUACUUCACUCUGAAGAAAAGGAUUACAAGACAGCAUAUUCAUACUUUUUUGAGACAUUCGAAGGUUAUUCCAGCCAAGACGAUCCCAAGGCCGUGCUUGCCUUAAAAUACAUGCUUCUUUGCAAGAUUAUGCUAAACUUGACUGAAGAUGUACAUGCGAUCAUCACUGGCAAGGUAGCAUUGAAGUAUGCAGGAUCAGAAGUGGAGGCAAUGAAAGCAGUUGCCAACGCUCAUCAAAAUCGAAGUUUGCAAGAGUUUGAGACCGCUCUUGCAACUUAUCCUAAUGAGCUCAAUAAUGACCCCAUCAUUCGAAGCCAGCUCGCAUCCUUAUACGACACACUUCUUGAGCAGAAUUUGGUUAGAAUCAUAGAACCUUUCUCCAGAGUCGAGAUAUCACAUGUCGCCGCCAUGGUCAAGCUCCCUACACAACAGGUUGAGACCAAGCUUUCACAAAUGAUAUUGGACAAGGCAUUCCAUGGUAUUCUUGAUCAAGGAGCUGGCUGUCUCAUUGUCUUUGAUGAGCCAGAGGAAGACAAAACCUAUGAAGCAGCUAUCGAUACGCUAAAGCAAAUGGACAAGGUUGUUUCAAGCUUGUAUCAAAAGGCUGCCAAGCUGUCAUAGACUAUGCGUAGCGUUUGAAAUUGUGUCAAUAUAUAAACUGAAUAAAAAUGGAACACUGUUUGAAUAACCCCGGUGUGUGACAGUAUCUCCAGGUUACUCCAUUAUCGCCAUUUCAAUGUCGCAAAGCUCGUCUAAAUCUUGUAGGUCUUUUGUCCUUAGACUGGGUUGAUUAAGCCAUGCCGAGAGCAACACCAAUCCUUCGUCAUUGUUCUUACAGUUGCGCAGGCCCUCACUUGACACCAACGACAUCUUUGUUUUGUAUUCUGAUUGGUACAUGAUCAACACGUCGCUUGCACGUUCAAC